GUCAUUGCAUCAGAGAAUUGCAGCAGAAGGAAGGAGGGAGCACUAAUAUUAUUGUAUUACCCUCCUGCGUCUACACAAAGAAGAUAACAAGGCUUGGGAAAGCGGAGGGGGAAAAGAUGGAUCGGAAGAGAGUGUUAGUGGUGGGAGGGACAGGUUACCUGGGCCAACAUGUGUUGAAAGCAUUCUCAGAGAUGGAAAGAAAGCCUUACGAUCUCGCAUUCACCCACCGCUCUACUCCCCCUCAGUCCUUGCUCGAUGCCAUUUCUCCAUCUCUCGCUUUCCCUGUCGAUCUACAGACUGGCCAUGGGCUUGAAUCCAUCUCAUCUACCUUCGGUCAGCCUCAUGUGGUGGUCAAUUGUGCUGCGCUCUCAGUACCUCGUGUAUGUGAGAUGGACCCUGCUGCUGCUAUGGCUACCAAUGUACCUUCUUCUCUUGUAAAAUGGCUUUCUAGUUUCGGCCAGAGUGGUAGUCUUCUGAUCCAUUUAUCAACUGAUCAAGUUUAUGAAGGGCUUAAAUCCUUCUACAAGGAAGAUGAUGAAGCUGUUCCUGUAAAUGUCUAUGGGAAAUCAAAACUGGCAGCUGAGCAGUUUAUUUCUUCCAAUUGCUCGAACUUUGUGAUUCUGAGAAGUAGUAUUAUCUAUGGGCCUCAGACAAUUUCACCUGUUACAAAAUCUCUUCCAAUUCAGUGGAUUGAUAGUGUCCUCUGUAAGGGAGACAAAGUAGAAUUCUUUCAUGAUGAGUUCCGCUGUCCAGUUUAUGUCAAGGAUGUUGUGAAAACCAUCGUAGCUCUGACUAAGAGGUGGAUAUCAGAUUGUAGGCAAAUGCAAUUAGUUUUCAAUUUUGGUGGACCAGACAGGGUAUCUCGUCUGCAAAUGGCUGAAGCUGUUGCAAAUGUCAGGGGAUACAACACCUCAUUGAUCAAACCUGUUUCUGCAUCAUCGGUUAAUCGUGGCAUUAUUUCACCCGCUGACAUAUCUAUGGAUAUCAGCAGAUUGGUUCAGAUACUCAAUAUUAAUCCUGUUCCAUUCCAAGAUGGUGUCAGAUUGACUCUUGAUGUUGGACCGCCUUGAAAAUGAGAGGAUUAACGUUCU